CUAAACGGGACAGUGCUAUGAGGACUCUCCCCAAAAGAAAAACUUGCGAAGUGUACUGCGUCUCCGGGCAUGGACUAUCAGGCUGCUCCGCUGCACAGGGAGAGGGGGAGGUGAAGGAGCCCACCCAGUCACUGGGCCCCCCCACGAAGCCUGAGGGCCAGGAGGAGCAGAAGGUGGAGGGGGGGCGAGCUCCGGUCUGUGGCUCCUGGAGGAGAUGGAUGUUGGUUCUCCUGCCUUUCUUUCCCUUCGCUGCUGCCAUUGCACUGACUCUCCACUUCCUAACAUCUCCGCCCUCCUCAGUGUUCUUCCUCGGUGGCAGUGUGGAGUUCCCAAACCUGAGCUUCUCCUCAGAGCUGACUGACUCCACCUCUCCUCAGUUCCGCCUGCAGGCUCAGGCUUUGAACCAUUAUUUCUCAGAACUCUACGAGUCCUCGCCGUGGAGCUCUUACUACCUGCACUCAGGAAUUACUGCCUUCAGUGAAGGAGCAGAAGGGCUCAAUGUCUUCUACUGGAGUCAAUUCUCCGCCCCGGAUGCCGUUGCAGUGACGAUCCAGAGGUCCGGCCCCGAGAGACUGCAGCGCAGGCUUCCUGGCAGCAACAAGGUGCAGCAGGACAGCCGCAACGAGCAGCGCUAUUUCAUGGAGCAAGAUGACGACAUGCUCCACCUGCUGGGUUUGGACCCUGACGACUUUGAAUCAGAAGAAAAAUCCGACAAGAGUAAGAAUCCAAACAGCAUCCAGAGUGGGAAGUGGCAGCUUGGCUUCCAAGCGAUGUCCUUUGACCUCUAUGCCAAAUAUGGCAACAACCGCACCCUGAGCCUUGUGAGUCCCAAGAAGCCGUACUACCAGUGGCGUCUUCGUGUGCCGUCGGGUCACGUGGUUCGACUGGUCAUCCUCACCCUGCACGGUGCCACGCCAGGAAGCUGCACCGCCCACAAGCUCUCGGCCUACGACUUUUUACUUCCAUUACAGAACAAGAUAAUCGCACGGUGGUGUGGGCUGCCUAUUUCGGGUCCGUCGCCUGUCAUGAAGCUGACAUCCUCUGGGAAUGUGAUGUUGGUCACCUUCUCCUUCAGCAGACAGAGGGAUGGAGCAAUCUUCAAAGCUUACUUCCAAGCCAUCCCAAAAGCAGGUUGUGGAGGGUCGAUUUCCUCCUGGAACGGCUCUAUUACCUCCCCCUACUACCCCUCCUAUUACCCUCCUAACGUAGACUGCACCUGGAUACUACGGGCGCCGUUGCCAGGAUACCUGAUCUCCAUGACGAUCGUGAUGAUGGACAUUCAGGAUUCCUCGUCAUCAGACGGUUGUGAGAAAGACUGGCUGGACAUCGGAGGGGUCAAACUGUGUAAUCCAGUGUCAGACAGCAGCAAAAGACGAGUCUACUCCUCUCCUCUCUCCCUCCACUUCCAUUCGGACGAAUCUCUCACCCACAAGGGCUUCUACUUGCUCUAUCGCGCCUUCUCUCCAGAGGGCACCUGUCCUCGGCAGUAUCGCUGCGGAGACGGACGCUGUAUCCCUUUGAAGAAGGUGUGUGAUGGAGUGAAAGACUGCUCAGACGGACGGGAUGAGGCUAAAUGCUCAUCCUGCAGGCCAGGUGAGGUGCUGUGUGGGAACGGCCAGUGUAAGCCUCAAAGCAGCCAGUGUGUGAGCUCCUGUGCAGACAGCAGUGAAGAGGGCGCCUGUGGAGGUAAAUGUCACCACGCGUGUUCCAACAAAGUCUGUUUGCCAAAGUCUUCGGUGUGUAACGGUGUUAUUGAGUGCAAAGACCGCAGCGAUGAACUCAACUGUACCAGAGCGUACCUUAAAGGCUGCUCCUCAUCCUCAUUCAAAUGUGCCAACGGAAAGUGUGUCAGUAAGGUUAACCCUGAGUGUGACGGAGUCAAAGACUGCUUCGACAGCUCCGAUGAACUGCGCUGUGGCUGUGGCAGCAGGCCCAGGAUGCGUACUAAGAUAGUGGGUGGCUUUGACGCUGGGGCGGGGUCGUGGCCGUGGCAGGUCAGCCUCCAGAUGGAUCGUUACGGACACGUCUGUGGAGCCACGCUGGUCGCCAACCGCUGGCUCAUCUCUGCAGCUCACUGCUUCCAGGACUCAGAUGCCAUUAAAUACUCGGAUGCCCGUGCGUGGCGGGCCUACAUGGGAAUGCGGGUGAUGACUUCGGGGAACAACGGAGCAUCCACCAGACCAAUUCGCCGGAUCCUCCUCCACCCGCAGUACGACCAGUUCACCUCCGACUACGACAUCGCCCUCCUUGAGCUCAGUGCUCCUGUCUUCUUCAAUGACUUGGUGCAGCCUGUGUGCAUCCCCGCGCCCUCGCACACCUUCACAACAGGAACCAGUUGCUACGUCACAGGCUGGGGGGUCCUCAUGGAGGACGGUGAACUGGCCGCUCGCUUACAAGAGGCCACAGUGAAGAUCAUCAACAGGAAGACUUGUAACAAACUGUAUGACGAGGCCGUCACUCCCAGGAUGCUGUGCGCUGGGAACAUGCAAGGAGGGGUGGACGCCUGCCAGGGUGACUCCGGAGGUCCGUUGAUGUGUCUGGAGCGAGGCAGGCGGUGGUUCCUGGCGGGGAUUGUGAGCUGGGGUGAGGGCUGUGCGAGGCAGAACCGCCCCGGUGUCUACACACAGGUGGUCAAGUUCACUGACUGGAUCCAUCAGCAGACUAAAGGACAGGUGUGACUGAAUAUCGCGUGAAAAAAUGACAGACUUCACACACAUGGACGAAGGUUUCAGACCCGAGUUCACCUUUAUAUUCAGUCAUUUUGUUUGUCAAUGGCAACGGGGCCAGCACUGCCCCACACCAACCAGCUUUCUUUAAAAAAAAUAGUGCUGAACCUGGUUAUUAAAUUGACUUGGUAUGCUUAAGUCUCCUCAAUCAGAUGGACAGGUCAGGCCAAAGUACGACAACCAGCCAGGUUAUGCUGUGCAUGUAAAUGUAGCCAAUUACUUCUUGUUUUCCUACCCUCCUUCUUACAUUUUCCAGCUACAUUUUUCACUUCGGAGAUUGUGACCAUGUCGGGUGUUGCCAACAAAAAUCACAACAGUCCUUUUAUUGAAUGUGGAAAGAGUUCUCUCCCUCACACACACAUGUAACCGUAUAUAUUAUUGUCCUCAUCUACAUUCGUCCAUGUACUGUAUAUGUGUGUUCAUGACCGACUGUAUGUGUUUAAGAGUCGUUGUUAUUGUACUGUAUGUGUAUGUUUGUGCAUUUGUAUAUCAUGAGUUCAUCUGAGUCAUAGCCUUAUGUCCAGUAUAUUCUGUAAUUGUAGAGAAGUGAAUAAUCCCUCAAUAGGAGGUUAUAAUAUAUUUUGGAUUUCAGUUUUAUUGUGAUUUAAUUUAUCUCUAUGGUGCCUCCUUUGUACUUUAUGCUCAAUGAAAAGCAUGAUCACAGCUCCCCUUGAAGACAUGAUGCAGUUGCUGCUGGCGUAAGGAGCAUAUAGGAUUAUUAGGAGAGCAGCGUAUCAAUCAUUUCUAUGCAGACACACUUGCAUGUUGCUGUUUCUCCUGCGGUCAACUGUCAUUCAGCUCACAUCGCCAUCCAGCGGCCAAUCUGCACCGUUGUUUAUUUUAUGUCCUGAGAGAAUGAUGCACCCAAGGGAUUAAAAAACAUGCAGUUUGCAUCAUUGUUUAAUUUUAUUAUAUGCUUUUACA